AUGCCUCCAGCCCAUAAUGGGCCGGUAAAGCCGGACACCCUUAUAACCGUCAAAGCACACUUUGAUGGCGAAAACAGACGCUUCAAGGUGCCCCUGAGGGACAUGGGGGCGAACACCUUCCCGCUCAGAGUCCGUCAGUUCCUCAACAUUCCCUCGCACACUGAGGUUAUUAUGCGGAGGUACUCGGACAGUGCCGGAGCGUUUCUCGUCCUCAACGCGGAACACCCAGCUGGCUACAAGCAGCUGUACAGAGCAGCAAAGGCAAAGCUGAAGCUGCGUAUCCAGGUCGACCGUGUCCAGGAGCUCCAGCCCAGCAACCCCCCUGAGCAGCUGCCUGAGCCAGAACCUGAGCCAGAACAUGAGCCCAAGGUCACCGUGGAACAACAACACCAGCAGCAACACUAUACCCCAGAGCCCAGCAAGAAGCUGCCAGAACCAAUCACCAGCCCCCGUUCUAGCUACCUGGACACAGUCCUCGACUCUCGUCCAGCAGAGUCCCCUUCUGCUACUAGGAUGCUGGACAGCAGGACCACCAUCUACCCGCUUCCUCCAGUGCUGCCUGCAAACACCUCCACUGCAACUUACAGCUGCUCGAUCAUGAUCGACUGUAACCUCUGCAAGGCCGCCAUCCCCAACGAGCACUACCACUGCUCCGUCUGUGAGGAUGGAGACUACGACCUGUGCCAGGAGUGCAUUGAUGCCGGAAACCUCUGUCCUGCCGGUACCCACUGGCUCAUCAAGCGAUCUCUCUACGAUGGUCAGCUCGUGUCUAGCACCACCGAGAUCGUAGGACCAAAGUUCUUCAAGCCAGUCGAGCUGGAACCCAAGCCAGAACCCAAAGCUAAGCAGGAGCCGGAGCCUGAGACCUACCCAGAGUCGCACCCCGAACCCGAGCCCGUACCACAGGAGCCAAAGUUCCCGAAGUUGCCGGAGUACGCCGCCACAGACGCAGACUACCGACCAAGAGAGCCUGUCGUCCAUCGAGCUCUCUGCGACAUGUGCGAUUACCAAAUCGUCGACACCAGAUACAAGUGCAUCGACUGUCCCAAUUGGGAUGUCUGUGGUAACUGUGUCGGUGACGUUAAGUACGCCCAUCCAGGUCACAGAUUUGUGCCGUUGUACUUGCCCCUUCCACCUCGAGCCGCCCACAACGUGGUCCAUCCGGGUGUGUACUGUGACGGUCCCCUCUGUCACGACAAGUUCAACGUCAACUACAUCACCGGCAUCCGCUACAAGUGCGUUGUCUGUGACGACACAGACUUCUGUGAGACCUGUGAAGCACACCCGAACGGUACUCACAACAGCACUCAUCCGCUGUUAAAGUUCAAGACUCCAGUCAAGCACGUCACAGUGACUGCAUAUGGCGAGGAUGAGACUGGCCAAGUGUUCGACAGACUCGGUGAUAGAGAUGCCCCCGAGCCUUCGUUCAAGUCCGCUGCCACUGAGACGAUGCCACCCCUCGUCACCAGCACAGGCGCACCCAUCCAUCCCCCCAUGGCUCUCGACGCCUAUGAGCAUGACUUUGAGCAUGGAAAGGAGAUCUCUUAUGAGACCCAGGAGGUCGUCGAGGAGGAGGAAACUCCCGUCGUCGAGCCAGAGCCGACGGUUCCAAAGUACGAGCCUGUCGUCUCGCUUCCUCCAGCCCCUGCCAAGGAUGCAAAGAAGGUCACUGCCGGCGGUCUGCACCCCGAUGGCCUUCACACCCGUUUCCUCAGUGAAACCAUCCCAGACGCUCAGCCCUUCUCCCCCGGCACCCGCAUCAUCAAGACAUGGACCCUCCAGAACCCUGGCCCUUGUGCUUGGCCUGCCGGAACCAGUGCUUACUUCCUCGGCGGUGACCCCAUGUUCGAUGUUGACACCUCUCACGCAAUCAGCCUGGCCUGCCUGGCUAAUGCCAUGCAGAGCCGGCCGACAACAGACCCAGUCUACCCUGGCCAGGAGAUGGAAUUCACUAUACCGAUGAAGGUCCCUCCACGUAUGGGAACAGCUAUCUCUUACUGGCGUUUGAAGACUAGCGAUGGAAAGGCAUUCGGUCACAAGUUGUCUUGUCACGUCGAAGUCAUUGAGCCACCACCAGCUCCAUCCCCAGAGAAGAAGUCGGAGAUGGUCUUCCCCACUCUGGAGAAGGAGUCCCCCGUCGCCAGCAUGCACGAGUAUGAGUCCCAGCCUCAGUCCGGCGAGGUCAUCUCAGAUAAUGUCUCCGACUCUGCUUCUACACUGAACGAGGAUGCAGGUGUCGAUGUUGCCGACCUGGCAGCUGAGGUCAACAGCCUCACCCUUGACAUCGAGCACCCAGAUGACGAGAGUUUCCUCACUGACGAAGAGUACGAUAUCCUCGACGCUAGUGACGAGGAGUAUGCCGAAAUUGCAAAGGCUUCCGAGAGGAAGUAA